AUGCCCACCAUCUGCAACAUCUGGGUCGGGAGGACCCUGAUGGAUGGCGGAGCAGGUCUGAAUCUGCUGUCGCCAGAGGUGUUCCGCAGAAUGCAGAUCGGGGAACGCAAGCUCACCCCCUCUGCCCCUUUCUGUGGAGUGACCGACGGGAAGACUGUCCUGCUGGGGCAGAUCGAGCUGCCCGUCACGUUCGGCGGGAGGGACAACUUCCGCACGGAGAACAUCACGUUCGACGUGGUGCAUUUCGACCUCCCCUACAACACCAUACUUGGGCGCCUCGCGCUCGCCAAGUUCAUGGUCGCGGUCCACUGCGCCUACAACACCCUCAAGCUCCCCGGUCCGACCGGGGUUAUCUCCAUCAAGGCCGACGUGAAGGGUUCGGUGCAUUGUGUCGAGCGGCUCUACGAGGCGGUGGCGACCACAUCCUCCGACAACGUGGAACACCCCGAGACGUUCGGCCCUCCGUCGACAAAGCCACGCCUAUCUCCCGAUGGCCAUACCCCCAUCAGGGAGAACACCCUAACAGGGGCAGAACCGGAGGGCAAAUAG